AUGCAGCCAAUUUCUGUUCCUGCAAUACCAGUAGAUGUUCUGAAGAUUAUUACUAAUAAUUUUAGUUCAAGGCGUUUGAUCAAAGAUGCAAUUGGUGACAAAAGUGUUUAUCAUGCUAUCCUGAGAAAUGGAAAAGCUGCAGCAAUAGAAAAGCUCUACAAUUACCAGCCACACCAAGAAUUUCUUCAGCAGGUUUCAAUAGUAUCUGACCUGAAGCAUGAAAACGUGGUUGAGCUACUUGGUUACUGUGUGCACGAUGAUCUUCGAUUCUUGGCUUUCGAGUUUUCUCCCCUGGGGUCUCUAUACGACAUUCUUCAUUCUUCUUCUUCAGGUGGCCAGACUCUGUCAUGGGCGCGAAGAGUUAAAAUCGCUAUAGGAGCUGCAAAAGGAUUAGAAUUUAUUCACCGGAGAGGGCAGAUUCAUUGCAACAUUCAAUCCUGCAAUAUCUUACUUUUUGAUGACAAUGUUGCUAAAAUAGCCUGUUUUGAUCUAUCUAUUCAACGCCCUAAUGAGGAAUAUUACUAUUAUUAUCACGAGGCUCUACCUUUUUCUGUUUUCCUAAGCCGAGCUUACCACUCACCAGAAUGUGUGUUGAAUGGGCAGUUCAGUAGCAAAACUGAUGUUUACAGCUUUGGCGUAGUGAUCCUUGAGCUGCUAACCGGCCGUAAACCAUGGGAUAUGCAGUGGCUUAUGGCAUGGGCAAAGCACAAGGAUCAUGUUGUUGCUACGCUCAAGGGAAACAACUUUCCCACGGCAGCUGCAAAGAUGGCUGAAGUUGCAGCGUCGUGUUUGGCAUAUGAAGCUGAUGAUCGGCCUAGCAUGAGCGGAGUAGUACAAUCUCUCCAGACUCUAUUGGAAUAG